AUGGACGAUGAGGAAAUAAAGGCAGCCUUAAUGGCAAAUAGCUCAGUAUUUCUGGAUUCGGUUCCAAACAGCUACAGUUUUUCCGAUGGAACCGGUCUUAUUCAUUGGGCGUCGAUGUACAACAACCUGGACGUCUGCCAUAGACUGGUGAAGGAUCCUGGGAUUGUUAACAGUGUUGGAGGAGCUCUUGAUAGCUCGCCCCUAUACUAUGCACUUUACAACUCAAACUAUAAGGUUAUGAAACUCCUGAUAGAAAACGGUGCAGACAUCACCUAUGUGAACAAAAGUGGAAUGGGGCUGUUGCAUACGUGUGCCAGAUUUGACGAUGUGCUAGGAAUGGUUCUUCUCUUGAGCUAUGGUGCAGACGCGGGUGUCGAAGACUUCAAGGGAAGAACGCUGCGUGUAUAUGCAAGGGGAAAGCGUGCUAGGAAUGUGGAGAGGUUUCUGGAAGCAAAUCGAGUUACGGACAGGUAUAAGAUCUGGAUGAUAGAAGGAAUAUCGAUAGGGAUGCACUGGGGAUCUUUUUUCUUAGGGAAGGCAUGGCAAGUUGGAGUUGUUGCUGUUUUUCUGAUCUUCUGGGGAAGAGUGGCACGCACAAGACUUCCUGUGUAUCUCAAUCUGUUUUAUUCUUUCUACAUUAGCUACAAGGUGCUUGGAGAAGACUUUGAGCAUACAACCCACACACUUGAGUAUUUCUUCAAUCUGGUUUGUUUGUUCUUGACCAGACCAAGGUUCGGUCCUGUGGGUACAUACCAAGAGGCAAGGGAGUUGGUGUCUACGAUGAUAGAACAAGACGAAUACACAAUGGAGCAUUUCUGCUACACGUGCCUAGUACGGAAAGCUGGUGGAACCAAACAUUGCUCUAUCUGCGAGAGAUGUGUGCUUGGGUUUGAUCAUCAUUGUCCCUGCAUAAACAAAUGUGUCAGCAAAGACUCCAUGAAGCUGUUCCAGAGGCAUCUUCUCUCCACACUCACAGUAACUAUGGGCGUGCUUCUGUCUGGGCGGACUCCAGAUGUAAGCUUGGAGCUGAUGUCUGUAGCAGCCUUUGUUGUGCUUGUUCUAGUUGCAAGUGCAUCUGUAAAAAGCCCCAGGCCUGUAUAA